AUGAAGAAAAAUAAAAAACAGAGAAGCGAAAAGGAGGAUUUCAACAACAAUAAUGAGAAGGAUACCAAUAAUGAGGAUAAAGAGGAGGAACAAUCUCUAAAGGAACUUUAUAAUACUGGAAGAACUCUUUUUAUUUCAAACUUACCUAUAGAUACAACAGAAAACCACAUUAGAAAUCUAUUUAAAGAAUGUGGUUCUAUUGAACAAAUAAAUUUUCGUGGAUCUUUCAAUAAAGAUGAAUUUCAAGAUGAUGCACUUCAAUCGGGUUUUUCUCAAGGACAUGAGUUAUCAAGAAAAUUUUUGAUUCCUGGUGCUAUUGCUUAUGUGGUGUUUCAAAAUUCGGAUGAAUUAAAAAAUGUGAUCAAUAUGAAACAAAAGGAGAGAGUAUGGAAUAUCAAAGAUCAAGAGAUCAAUCGACCUGACCCUCAUAAACUCCAAGUUGAAGUUGACGAAUACAUGCGUAAAUUUGAAGAAAUAGAAGAAGAGAAGCGUAAAGAGUUGGAAGAAAAACAAAAUCAACCAGAUGAAGAGGGAUUCAUAACGGUUACUAGGGCGGGGAAGCGAAAUGCGAACACUGAUGGUACUAUUACUGUAACAGCAGCUAAACCAGAAGAAAUAAAAAAUUUAAAGCCCAAAAACAAAGAACUACCUGAUUUUUAUCGUUUUCAAAUGCGGGAAUCUAAAAGAAAUAAGCACGUUGAAUUACGUAAAAAAUUUGAAGAAGAUAAGAAAAAGAUCGAAAGACUUAAGGCUGCCAGAAGAUUUAAGCCAUAUUGA